GGGGGAGACUGCCGCCCCCGCUCGACCCCUCCCCGACCCAUGUGGGCCGCGGCGCUGCCGGCUGUCUCGCGGCAGCCCGCGCCGGAUUGCGCCCCAUGGCCCCGCAGGACUGCUACGCCGUCCUCGGCGUGCCGCCCACCGCCAGCCUGGCGGAAGUCAGGCGGGCCUUCCACGAGCAGGCCCGCGCUUGGCACCCGGACAAGUGCGACAGGCCGGAGGCCGCGGACCGGUUCCGCCUUGUACGCGAGGCCUUCGAGGUCCUGUCGGACCACCGGCAGCGCGGCGACCAUGACGCCGCGCUCCGCCGGCGGCGGGCUCCCGCCCAGCCGUUCUUCUCAGACUUGCCGCGGCCGCGGGCGCCAGCUCAGAAGGCGCAGGCGUUCGCGUCCACGCUGUCGGACCUGCUGGCGUACGUGGACUCCGGCGCGGACGGCCUGUCGGUGGGAGAGCUGCGGCGGUGCUGCUCGGCUUGCGAGCUGGCGUGGCCGAACCUCCUCGUCGAGCGGCACGAGCUCCUGGGCGAGAUUUCGAAACGGGUGCGGGACGAGCUGGACCGCCGCGUCUGCGCGGGGGAGUGGGCCCGCCUCACGAAAGAGGACCUCGUUCUGUGGCUCGACGCCCGCGGAGUGACGCUGAAAUACGCCCUGGAGUGCGACUCCGUGGAUAAGGACGGCACGGCUGACCCUCUCAGUUACAGUGCUACUGCCCCCUUGGUUCGCUCCUCUCUUCCCGUCUUUGUUUCACGUCCUUCUGCUGCUGUUUGCACUCAGACCGGAAUUCGUAUCUCCUGCCUACAUAAGAGAAGUUGGUCAUCCGACCAACCCCUUCAUCACAUAUGCAUGUUUACGACUCUGUGGGCAAAGACCGC